ACCGAAAUACCGAGGGAGAGAAAGAGAGAGGGAGGUGAGAGACACACACAGAGAGAGAGAGAGAGGGAGAGAGAGAGAGGGAGGUGUGCAGCCUCCUCUUUUUCCUCUCUGUUCUCUCCUUUUCGUUCCUGACCGGACGUUACGUAGGCUAUCUCUCACGCGCACACACCGCGCGCAUCUGCGGGGCUCGGACCUGCGGACGAGAGAAACGGAAACCGGGGACCGAGCGCGAGCGGCACGGAGCCCGACCAUGAUGAAGAUGAUGUUGGUGAGUGGAGGUUCUAUCGUUAACGCCGAGGCGGUAUGGGAUCAUGUGACCAUGGCGGACCGCGAGUUGGCCUUUAAGGCCGGUGAUGUCAUCAAAGUGCUGGACUCGUCCAAUAGGGACUGGUGGUGGGGGCAGAUCGACGACGAGGAGGGCUGGUUUCCUGCCAGCUUUGUUCGGGUGGACCCGAACUCCACCCAGCCUCCACCCAAGCAGCAACUUUUAUACAUCAACCCUGUCGUCGCCCCGCUGAAGCUAUGGGCGAAUCAGGAGGAGACGGUGUUGGUGGAUCCAGCAGAGGGCGGUAGUGAGGUUCAGAACGGCCACGCCGAGGCGAGUCCGAACCCGAGCAGCGACUGUGUGUGUUUGAGCCAGACAGCGCAGAACCGAGACCAGAUGAGGGCGAACGUCAUCAACGAGAUCAUGAGCACCGAGAGACACUACAUCAAACAUCUAAAGGACAUCUGUGAGGGUUAUCUGAAGCAGUGCAAAAAGAGGAGAGACAUGUUUAAUGAUGACCAGCUGAAGGUGAUAUUCGGGAACAUCGAGGACAUUUACAGGUUCCAGCUCGGCUUUGUCAGAGAUCUGGAGAAACAGUUCAACACCGAAGAACCGCACCUGAGCGAGAUCGGACCUUGCUUCCUUGAGCAUCAAGACGGUUUCUGGAUCUAUUCCGAGUACUGUAAUAACCAUGUAGAUGCAUGUAUGGAGCUCACGCGUCUCAUGAGAGACAGUCGGUACCAGAACUUUUUCGAAGCAUGCCGAUUGGUCCAGCAGAUGAUAGACAUCGCCAUCGAUGGCUUUUUGUUAACUCCAGUCCAGAAGAUCUGCAAAUAUCCACUACAGCUAGCAGAAUUGCUGAAAUACACUGUACAAGAGCACAGUGAUUACCGGUACGUUGCUGCAGCGUUGGCUGUUAUGAGAAAUGUAACUCAGCAGAUUAACGAAAGGAAACGAAGACUGGAGAACAUCGACAAAAUCGCUCAAUGGCAGGCCUCCGUACUGGACUGGGAGGGUGAGGAUGUCCUGGAUAGGAGCUCUGAGCUGGUGUACACCGGAGAGCUGUCCUGGAUCUAUCAGCCUUAUGGGAGGAGCCAAACACGUGUCUUCUUCCUGUUUGACCAUCAGAUGGUCAUCUGCAAGAAGGACUUGAUUCGACGUGAUAUCCUUUACUAUAAAGGACGAAUCGAUAUGGACCGCUAUGAGGUCAUGGACGCUAUAGACGGCCGAGACGACGAUUUUAACGUCAGCGUGAAAAACGCCUUCAAACUGAGCAACAAAGACUCGGACGAAAUCCACAUUUUCCUCGCCAAGAAGCUGGAGGAGAAAAUCCGCUGGCUACGAGCGUUUCAGGAAGAACGCAAGAUGGUGCAGGAAGACGAGAAAAUCGGGUUUGAGAUUUCAGAGUAUCAGAAGCGACAGGCGGCUCUGACGGUGAGGAGAGUAACCAAACAGAAAGGUGUGGGACGGUCGGCCCCGCCCUCCUACCCUCCCCCUCUCGACCCCGUGAACCCGGGUCACUUCCUCCUCCCGGACGGAUACGAGUACGAACCCAAACGCAGCACGUCACCUUUCUGGCACAACAUCAGCCGCUUAGCGCCCUUUAAGAAAUAGCCCCCGAGCGAAAGCGAUCUUUCACCCAGAACAACCACCAACAAAAAAAAACUAUUUAACGUAACAAAAAAGAAGAAGCACUACCCUACGGAAAAAAAAAUCACCACCGAGCGAAACAACAUGGACCGCUGCGAUUUUCUGCAACAAUCAAACGUUUAAAAAAUAAGAAGAAGCACUAUCCUAAAUAUCUUUUUUUUAGGAGGAGAGACUCAACACACACACACACACACACACAUGCUCACACACACACACACAUGCACACACACAGCUGGAGAGAAGAAGCUGUACUGGGUUACGGCGCCCCCUGCUGGACUGGCUGCACUGAACUGUAUACAUAUGACAUAUUACACACUGGAGAAACGCACACACACACACACACACACACACACACACACCGUAAAGGUUAUACACACACUUGUGCAUCCUUUUGGAAACCGAACCACAAGCCCUACGUCGCUCCGUCCUUCGUCCGAUGGGAUUUUCGAUAAGUGUUUUGUUUCCCUUUCUCUUCAAACGAAUGAAGAAUCAUUUCCACGUUUUGAAAGAAGAAAAAAAAAAGAAACACACACACACACACACACACACACCUGAUAAAGCACUAACGACUCUCCGCUCUCUAGCGCCGCCCUGGUGUUCCUCCGUGCACUGUGACUAAUCGGGGCAUUUCUGUCUCUCUCUUUCUCGAUCUCUCUUUUUCUCUCUUGACAGCUUAAAACCCGGUUGAUCCUGAAGUACUCUUUGGAUAUGUUUUUUUUUUUCUUCUUUCGUGUGUGUGCGAGUUUCUCAGUGUGUUGCAUUCUUUCAGUUCUGCAUGAAAAUACGAAACGGUCCGAUUACAGGUAUUUUAUAUUCUUACGGGUCAAAGUCAUUAAGAAGAGAUACAUUUUUGUACUGAACAACUGAAAACAAAAUAUAUUUUUCUCCACGUGAAGGUUUUCCGGCCUAGAAGCAGUGAGUCGAAUCAUGAAGAUGUUUCUUCUUCAUCGGUUUUAUCUGUUUAAUAUGUGCGGCACUCGUUUCAAUAAUUGACGGUAGCUACGUGUCUAUCUAGGGUUGUCAUGGUAACCACAUGGUAUCGUUUCAAAAUUUCAACUAAAAGUUAACAAUAUAACAAAGUGACUGCGACAAAAUCAGCGAUAGCAGUGCGAUGGAACUUAAGCAUUUCAGUCUGUUUUUCUUUGUACGUUUAUUUCAAUUUGAUGUUGUAUUCCAUCUUAGCAGGACCGACCGGUAUACGUGAGCUAGCUACGUUACGUGAAAACGUGAAAUAAAAUAACGUGACAUUAUGACCAACAUUACAGUUACCAUGACAACUCUGUGAAAAUUGUCACUAUACUGAGUAUAUCUAGGCUGACUUGUAAAUAAUUAUCGUAAAUAUUUAGGCUAAAAAUUUUUAUCCUAGCUAAGAAUUGUUAAAAAAGUUAAAAUAACUCCUGGACAAAAACUUACGUUAUUAUGCGAACAUACAAUUAGGCGUUUUGCUAAUAAUACAAGAUCUCCACCACGUCCAGACGUUUAAUAUUAUGCCAGUCCCCGGUUUUAAUUACCGAUGAAUUUUUCAUCAUAGUAAAUAGUAAAACUGAUGAAGCACCGAAACAUCUGCGAGGUUAUAACUCAAAUCCAAUCGAGUCUUGACUCAUUUCUACUAGACGUAUAUUUUUUUCCAGUUGUUAAAUACAAUCUGGGACUCCCUCUGACAUUAGCAGGCUCACAUCAAGACUUGAAAACCGUUAGCAAGCUAAUGUUGAAGCUAAAGCUUAGCCAAAAAAUGAAAUUUACACUUUUCCACUUAGCUCAAAUAUAAUCGAUUAGCCGAGACACGUUUGGUCUGAAGUUUGCUUCUUUAGUUUUGUUACAGAGCUAAGAGGUUAACGUAGCUAACAAGUGCGUAUAGCUUAUAGCUAAAAGGUUAGCGUUGUGCAACAUGCCACACACUGUGUCCCGGCUAAUUAGAAAACUGGAAAGUGAAAAAUUAUGUACAUUUUAUUUUUGGCCAAACUGUUGCUUUCAGAGUCUACAACAUAGCAAUUAGCUGCUAACAUUCUGCUAAUAAACUAGCACCCAUGUUAUAUAAUAAGCUGAUUUUUAAUCUUUAUCUUUAAUCGAUUUCUAACGAUAUCGAUCUGCACCCCGGACUUUGAUCCAAUCUGAUUGUCUGUUGUUGAUUAUUUAUUAGCUAGCUGGAAUUUUUUUGUUGCUAAUCCUCUCUCUAAUAUUGUGCCAAAAUGGUUUGGUUGCCAAAUUUUCCCGAAACAGGUGCACUGUUCCCUGUCCAGGUGGAACCCAGGUAUGUGUCUUCUCAGGCGACGUUUUCAAUUUAUUAAAGUUAACUUUAACUACGCUAAUGCUGCUAGCGUUAGCCUUUUAGGGUUUCUUUUUUUUUUUGGUUUAUUUUCCUCAAAAAAAUGGACUUGUGCAAGGUUUAAUUUAUGGUAUAUUCAAUUUUUUGAAAGAUAGUAUUUAGUCCAAAUCACAAUAUUUAAAAGUAUGAAUAUAAAGCAUUAUUUAUUCUAUUAUAAUGUGAUAUUUUUUUCCACAUUGAUGCUCUUUCUGGAUUUUGGAAGUGGCUGAAGGACAGGAAGUGGAUUAUUAUUAUUAUUAUUAUUAUUAUUAUUAUUAUUAUUAAUGAGAAGGAGAAAGACUUUGAAGAGGGGAAUAAAAGGGAAGUGGAUGAAGUUAUGUUGCACCAUAUGUACUAAGUGCCAUAUUAAAAUAAUAUUAGGUUAUGAAAGAAAAUAUCAGUUUAAUGUUUUAAUUUGGUGAUCUGAUUGACAUGAUAUCAAUAUUUCAUAAUAAACUUCGUUAUGAACACCA